AUGCCUUCCGAGGCAUCACGGGUUCGCUUCGCCUACAGCGACGACGACCGGCCGCGGACCGACAAGGCCAACAAGGGCUACCGCCAGCAGCACGGCUUCGUGUCGGACAGCGAGGGGCCAGUGUCGCCAGGCGAGCAGCGCGAGGGCAAGUCGCCGCUGCUAGGCUCCAACGGCCUGGCCAGCACCCGCCACCGGUCUUCGGCUCGCACGCUGUCCAACACGUAUCAGCCACAGCGACGGCCGACGCCACAGAGCUCAUUUCCCGUAAUGGGCGGCGGGACGGACGGACGGACGGCAUUGUCGAAGCCGCGGGUGAUGACGGGCGGGUCGGCAUUUCGGGCACAGGAGCGAGAGUACGUCAAGCGGCUGCGUGAGAGAGACUACGCAUCGGGGUACUUUGACCACCUAAGCGGAACGGUAGACGGACAGUAUGCGGACUCGGACUCGGAGGGCGAAACGCCAUCGUCAGAGGGGCCGCAUGACGACCGAUACGACCAGGAGGCGAUCAUGUUCUACAACUACGACGACCUUCACCCGACUGAGGAAGACAUACGGGACGCAUCCAACCGGGAGCGGCUGGAGUGGCACGGGAUGCUAGAGGCCGUGCUGACGGGCGACGUGCCGGGCGGCAAGACGGCACAGAAGGCAGAGCUGUGGCUGGGAGUGCGGGCACGGAUUUGCGGCCGUCACAUCCCAGUGCAACGACGGCUGACGGAAGACGCGCGGACAAAAGUGGACCGGAUGAUCGACGAGAUCAUCAACUUCCGGGUGGAGGGUGUCAGCGACGCGGGCAAGCCGGCAGCCGAGCAGGUCAGCGAGGUGAUAGCGACGAUCGACAAGGCCGAGUCGCUGUACCCGACACGAGCAGCGUUUCUGGCCGCACACAAGACAGCAGCAACGGCUCUGUACGAAGAGUCGUGCGACACGAUCGUGUCAUGGAGCAACGUGAGCGCGCUGAUCAACACGGAGCUGGGAAUCCUGCGCAAAUGGGUGGGCAACGACGAGCUGGACUUUACGCGGGCACGGGACAAGACACCGGGCAGCGAGGGCAGCCUGUCAGACGACACGUCCUUCCUGGACCGGCUGCUCAAAGAGGAGGGCCUGCGGUCGCUGCACGAGCACUACGAGGAGGAAGGACGCAGCCGGCGCGGCGGCAUGCUGGAGGGCAUCUCGCGCACGGUGGUCAAGGCCAAGGAGACGCUGGUGCUGCGGGCGACGGCAUUCCGGACACGCCACCUGCCGUCACACGUGGAGGACCUGCUGACGCUGAUCAGCUUUCCGUCACGGCUGAUGGAAGAGGUGGUGCAGGUGCGGCUGGCAUACGCGAAGCGGAUGAAGGAGUCGGCACAGCAGAAUGUGAUGAUGCAGGACCAGAUGAUUGCGCAGUUCCAGGUGCUGCUGAAGCUGGCGAUCAAGAUCAAGCAGGAGUACGUGGCGAUCUCGCAGGCAGAAGCAGGCUGGGAGCUGCCCCCUUGGAUCGACGAGAGCUUCGACAUGGUGGUGCUGGAUGCGCUCAAGUACUACUUCAAGAUGCUGAAUUGGAAGCUGAGCAGCAACCGGAACACAUUCCGGGAGGCCGAGCUGCUGUUCCAAGAGUGGGAGUUUGCCAACGAGAUCGGCAGCCACCUGGUGCACGGCGACGUGGAGGUGGCCGAGCAGUUCAGCUCGCUGACCUUCAAGGCGCUGAGCCGGCUGAGCACGACGUUUGAGCGCGAGCUGCAGCGACGGCCGCGUGAGAGCGUGGCGGACAUGAGCCGGCGCUACAAGCAGCUGCUGGACGGCGUGCGAGUGCGACAGCGGAUGCUGCAGCGCUUCUCGCGCAGUCUUUCGGACAACUACGAGAACGCGUGCGACCUGAAUCUGGCGCUGGACGACGACGGGAUGGAGCUUUUCCUGGACCGGCUGGCCGAGACAGGCCACUUCCAGGUGUACUCGCGGCACCUGGACGAGGAGGGCGUGCUGUUGGUGGCGUCACCGUCGCUGGCCGGCCGUCUGGGUGCGAUCGAGUCGAUGAUGAGCCGAACGGCAUACGAGCAGGUCGAGGACGACCUGGCGAAUCCGUAUGUGCUCAUACUUCGGCCCGAAGGUGGCGCUGUGUGGUACGGGCCGAGUGUUGAGAUACCGGUGCGCGAGGAGCCGCUGGAGCUCAAGACGGGACACCUACGCCUCGUUGCUGGCGGCUCGCAGGUGCGGCUGGUGCUGGCGCGCAAGGCCUUUUUCGAGACGGCCGACGUGCAGCUCGACCUCGUCAUCGAGCAGCGAUCGAACCUGAAAAAGGUCCACGCCAAGAUGACGGACAUCCGACGGACGGCCUACAAGCUGAGCAACACGUUUAUGGACUCGGUCGAGAAGAUCCGUCGCCAGACAGCCGGCGAGAACUGCCAGGACCUGAUCCAGACCUGCUUUGUCUUUGCGACCGAGUUCGGCCAGCGCUCGGCCUCGUACAUGGACAGCAACCGACGCCAGAUGAGUAAUAUGAAGCUGACUAAGCUGGCACUCGACUGGGUCAAUUUCAUCUGCGUCGACUGCCAGAUGUCGGACAAGCGGACCUUCCGCUGGGCCGUGGUGGCGCUCGAGUUCACGAUGAGCAUGACGCGCGGCCGCCACAUCCUGGGCCUGACCGAGCCCGAGUACGAGCGACUGCGAUACCGCGUCUCGGGCUGCAUGUCGCUGCUGAUCUCGCACUUUGACGUCAUGGGCGCGCGAUCGACGGUGGCGCUGCAGGCCGAGCGCCAGCGCCUCGAGUCAUCGCUGUCAGGAGAGUGCGAGGGAGGGACAGCCGUUGGUAGCGGUGGUGUGGGUGUGGGUGGAGGAAAGAACAAGGCCAACAAGGACAUGCCGAACACGAACAAGAGCAGCGCGACGACGAGCCGACAGCAGCUGCUGCAGCAGCUACAGAACCACCGGCUGCUGGGCGACGAGGAGGCAGCAGCACGGGUGGCAGCGCAGCGGCUGGAUGGUCUGGCCGUGCUGGACGAACAGCGCAAGGCGCUGCUGACGCAGCGAUCGUCGCUCGGGCGCGUGCUGGAGGUGUCGAACGAGGUGGACCGGUCGCUGGCCUACCUCUCGUCGACGGCAGCGGCCAAUUUCACGAUGCGCUGGCAGCAGGGCUACUUUGUCGGGGGCGGCACGUUUGGCAACGUGUACGCGGCCAUGAACCUGGAUAACGGACAGGUGAUGGCGGUCAAGGAGAUCCGGCUGCAGGACCCGAAGCUGAUCCCGACGAUCGCGACUCAGAUCAGCGACGAGAUGCGCGUGCUCGAGUCGCUCGACCACCCCAACGUCGUGUCGUACUACGGCAUCGAGGUUCACCGCGACCGCGUCUACAUCUUCAUGGAGUACUGCUCGGGCGGAUCGCUUGCCAGCCUGCUGGAACACGGCCGCAUCGAGGACGAGCAGGUCAUCAUGGUGUAUGCGCUGCAGCUGCUCGAGGGGCUGGCCUAUCUGCACGAGAUCAAGAUUGCGCACCGGGACAUUAAGCCAGAGAACAUUCUGCUCGAUCACAACGGCAUCAUCAAGUACGUCGACUUUGGCGCCGCCAAGGUGAUUGCCCGCCACGGCCGCACCUUUGCGUUUGAGUUCAACAUGGCCGAGGCGGCGGCAGCGUCGGCAGCAGCAGCAUCAGCAUCGGCGCCGUCACCGAGCACGACCGCGGGCACGGCGCCGAUCGGCACGAACGCGGUAUCGGCCAUCACGACAGCAGCAGCGGUGGCGGUGGCGGCAGCAUCGCGGCCGCCACCCGGCAACGGAUCGAUGACCGGCACGCCCAUGUACAUGUCGCCCGAGGUGAUCAAGGGCGAGACGGCCAGCGGGCAUUUUGGAGCAAUGGACGUCUGGUCGCUCGGCUGCGUCAUCCUCGAGAUGGCGACCGGACGGCGGCCGUGGGGCAACCUGGACAACGAGUGGGCGAUCAUGUACAGCAUCGCGCAGGGCAGCCCGCCGCAGCUGCCGACGGCGGACCAGCUGAGCCCGCAAGGGAUCGACUUUCUGCGGUGCUGCUUCCGACGGGACCCGCGGCAGCGGGCAACGGCGGUGGAGCUGCUGCAGCACGAGUGGAUCAUGGGGAUCCGGAACCUGGUGGUGGAGCCGGCGACACCGAGCGAGGCGUCGACGCCGUCUGGGAGCACUGCAGGGAUAUAG